GUGUAUGUAAUAUGUAUAUCUGAAAAAUGUUGUAUUUAUUAUAGCGAAAAAGUCUCUGGAUCUUACCGUCUAUAUAUACCUCUCGUCUCUCUCUCCCACUCUCUUUCUUCCCCGCUAGCUACUUCCAUUUCCAUUGUCUUGAAGCUUUUCCAAUGAGGAUCAGAAAGAACUCGCUCCGAGUUCCUUCCGAGUCAUCAUCUGGACUCACUGCUCCUCUGCAACCUCACUUCUGUCAGCUCAACCAAUCUCCCUGGGAUCUCUCUCCUUCAUCUCCCUCCUCUCCAUCUCUCCAGGUUGAAGGAGACAUAGGCUUGUUGCAGAAUAAGGGGUUUGGAGAUUUGAUUGGAGGUUUAGAGAGUUUCGCUUCACUGAGAAAAUCUUUGGAGUGUGAAGAUAAUGGUAAUGUGUAUGAUUAUGAGAAAGAAAAAAAUGAUGGUGAUAGUAAGAAGUAUUGUUUGAAAACCGAUGAGAAUGGGAAUUGGAUUUGUGGUUUAGAAGUUAAAGAAGGCGAAACAUUCUGUGAAUUUCAUCUUAGAAGCUACAUUGUUCCUAAUGUUGUUCCAUCGGCUGCUAAGAAAAGUACUACUAAGAAGCCGGCUAAGAAGUCUAAGGCCGACUUGAAUCCCUACGAAUCUGUGUACUAUUCGGGGUUUGAACCGACUUGGGGAAAGCGGAAAAUUGCUCGAGAAUUAAGCAAGAUGGGGGAAGAUGUGGCAACGCCGGAGGAGGAAUCUGAAAAUUCCGAGGAUUCUGAGGAAGCAGAACAGGAUGGUAAUGAGGAAAUUGAAGCUGAGAAUUCUAGUGAGAAUGAAAAGAAGAGAGGCAGGAAACUUAUGAAAGCAAGGUCACUAAAAUCACUCAUGUGAAGCAAAAAAAGGAGUAGAUGGGGGACUAAGUUAAAUUGCUAAUUAUGGUUUUAAGAGUGUCAGUAUAGGCAGGGUCACUAAAAUUACUAAUCAGAAGAAAAAAGAAGAGGAUAUGGACUGUGGAGAGUGUCAAGUCAAAAGCCUGAGGGGAGUGUAUGUUCUGUUCUUGUGGUCUUUAAUGUAAGGGCAAGAUUGUAAUUUACUUUGUCUGGCAUAUUUGACCUCAAUUUCAUGAU